CAAUAGACAAUCACGAGGCUCACACACUUCAUUAACGGUUCUGCUCACACAAGAUACAAAGGUGGAUCCCGUGCAGGCUGCCAUCGUGGUGAAGAGAAAACCCGAUGCGUGAGUGAUGGGGUUCCAGGCCAGGAGGACGUCUGUGUCGUCGCUGCUUAAGCAGUUCCUGGAUCGAGAGUUUCUGGCCGCUGGAGCAUGCUCUCACCGACGGAUUAAGCGAUGUUUCACAGAUUGGAGUGUCUUGCACUUUGCUUCUUCUGGUUCCAGCAAGCCAAAGCUCGCCAGUUUCGCUGGAGUGCACGCCGUCUUGGUCCUGAUACGACAGAACCGGACGGCAGCCCAUUGACUGUAACCUGCUGGUAUCUCGUCUUCUUGUGGCGGUAGGAGACCCCUCAGCUUCAUUGCCUGAGGAUAACGAAACAAUGAAGGCCCCGAUUAAAGACGGCAUUGUGUACUCUCCAUAUCCGAAUGUCGAAAUCCCAAGCUGUUCCGUCUACACUGCCUUGAAAGAAUUCCUAGCUGUGUCCCCGGACCAACUUGCGGUGGUGGACGACGACACAUCGCUCACUCGAGAGCAGUUCUUCGUGAGAAUGAAGCGGUACGCGGUGGGUUUUCAAGCUUUGGGAAUUCAGCCCGAGGAAAGAGUCUGCGUGCACAUCGGCAACAGCGCCGAGAACAUCGCCGUCCUCUACGGACUCGUGUUCGCUGGUGCCACGGUGGUGCUUGCGCACACAUUCAUGAAUGAGGAUGAGUUGUGCUACCAGUUGAACGAUUCUGACUGCUCGCUGAUUUUGACUGAUCCUCCGUACGCAUCCAAAGUACUGAAAGUAAAAGAGCGGCUGAACCUCAAGGGCAUGUACGUGCUGGGAGAAGCGGCUGGCUUGGAGUCCGUGUCCCACUUCCGGAACCUGGACGAAAACGACUUCAGAGAGGUUCCGGUGGCCGACCCCAAGGAGGCACUGAUUGCCCUCUUCUACUCUUCCGGAACCACGGGGGUUCCCAAGGGAGUCGAGAUCUCUCAUCACUGCCUCGUCGCUAAUCUGCACAUGUCCAAGGAAACGCUGUGCUACGAAAAGAACGACGUUCUGUUGGCAUGGAGCCCCAUCAUGUACGCCUCCGGCUUCAUGUUCACCAUCGUUGCCGCCUGCAUGGGAUCAACCUGCGUCAUGGUCAACUCAUCGAUUCCCUUUGAGGAAUUUGUUCGUUACUCGAACAAAUUCCAGGUAACGACACUGGGUAGUUCUCCCGCGGGUCUUCAGUACCUUUUGGGUCAGAUGAAACGCACCGGGGUCCGACCCGAGUCCAUUUGCAAGAUCAACGUCGGCGGCACCUUGGUCACUGAAGCACUGACCAAGAACGUGGUGUCGGUCUUCAAGAACCUGCGCUGCCUGAGGAACAUCUACGCUAUGUCCGAGUCCUGCGGUGUUGUCUGCGCACCGCCUGCUGAUCAGAUCAACUUUGGGAACAUCGGUUUUCCGGGUCCCAUGGUGGAACUCAAGUUCAUCGACCUCGAGACAGGCGAGAAGCUAGGUCCUAACAAGGAGGGUGAACUCUACUUCCGCAUUCCGAGCGUCAUGAAAGGCUACCACAACAUGCCAGAGAAGACGGCAGAAUUUAUCGACUCCGAUGGUUGGUGCCGUUCAGGAGACAUCGCCUGGUACGAUGAAGACGGCCGUGUUUACUACGUCGAUCGUAUCAAGGACAUGAUCCAGUGUCUAGGCCACCAGGUGUGCCCGUCAGACCUGGAGCGGCUGCUCCAAAGCCACGAGGACGUCGCCGACGCGGCCGUUACCGGUGUCCCCCAUGUCCAGUACGGGGACAUGCCCGUAGCUUUUGUUGUACUGCGGAACUCGUCUGGCUGCCCAGAGGACGUGGCCGAGAAACUCAAGGACUUCGUUGCGGAAAGGACGCUGUACUACAAGCACAUCUACGGGGGCGUCUUCAUCGUGGACAGGCUCCCGAGAAAUGUGAACGGAAAAGUUCUGAAGCAGCAGCUGAAACUUCUCUACAAUAACAAGACUAAUUAACGGCUAGCUGUUUCUCAAUGACACGCGCCAGUCUCGGCUUUAUUACAGCUGUUCUAAAUAAUGCUAAUAAUAAAGUACUUUACGUGUCUGAUGUAAA